AUGAGAGGAUCUGAGAAGCUCAAAGCAAUACUUGAGACCAAUCGGGGAACCCAGUCAAUUCUUAUAAAAUGUCUGGUGGUCUACAAUCUCCUUGCUCUAUUUAUGUAUUGGCACAAGAAGGCUUCUUUUUUUGCUUUUCUCCUUCUUUCCACAGCCGAAGUCGUGGCCACUGUCUUUAUCUUUAAGUUUUGUAAGCCAAAGAUUGUGUACGAGGAACAAACUAAAAGACUCGUAGAUGUGACCUCAAUCAAUGCGCCCGGGCCUGUUUCCUUCUGCUGGGAUGUUCUUUUCUGGGCGAUGGUUGCCAAGAUACUUACAGUGUUUAGUUGGAAGUGGAUGUGUGUUUAUCUUGGAAUAUUCAUUUCAUUCUUCUUUGAAUUCAUUUACAGACCGUAUAAAAAACUAAAAACAGGUGACCAAAGAAGAUGA